AUCCAAUGCUGUCAGAUCUAUUGCUGAUUAGAGCUCUUCAGGGGAACGUUAUCAUGUUGCUAUGUUCAGAUGAAGUAUAGUUUAUGGCUGUGAUGUCAACAGAGAUACAGAUAUAUUUCAAGCCAAGUUUAUUUUCUCAUAGUACGACUUGAAAAAGAGAAUAGAAAAUGGCUAGGUGCAAAACAGACUGCGUUGAAAAGCCUAUAGCUAGGGGGUUUGAAAUACUUGGGGGCUUUGUUGGUAGACACCCUUGGUGGUUUUUGAUUCUUCCCAUGUUCAUUUCUGCGGGACUUGGCGGAGGAUUUUACUUCCUUGCGGACAGAGAAGCAAAUGGCAUUGAAGAGAUGUUUACUCCUAUGGAUGGACCGGCCAAACAUGAACGACAAGUAGUCAAACAGUACUUUCCACAGAGUGAUAGUAACUUCUCUCGUUUGCGACUCUAUACUGAAGGGACCUUUGCAUCUCUCAUAAUUGUGAAGUCUGGAAAAAAUAUCCUCACAUCUACUGCUUUUACAAACAUAUUUGAAAUGGACAGAAAUGUAACAAGCAUGACAAUUGGUGCAUUCGCUUUUAGAGAUCUAUGUGUUAGGAAAGGUGGUGAGUGUGUGUCAAAUUCAAUCUUUAAUAUUGUAAAAACUCCUAGUGAUGUUACCACAACAACGAUUAACUACCCAUAUAAUGGUAGAAUUUUCAUUGCAUCUGAAAUUGGUGGUGUGAAACUGAAAAGUGGAUUUGAAAUUGAAAGCGCAGAGGCAAUUAGACUAUUUUACUUCUUAAAAGAAGACAACCAAACUAGAAAUACCAUGUGGCUAAAGAAGUUUAUAGAGACUGCUUCCAAGAUGAAAAAAGAAGAAGGCAUGACAAUAUCUUACUUUACAUCCAUAUCAAGGGAGGAAGAGUUUGAGAAGAGCUCUGACUCAAUCAUUCCUCUCUUCUCAUUGACAUAUGCCCUGGCCAUCAAUUUUUCUAUCAUAUCUUGUUUGAGGUUGGACUGUGUGAGAAACAAGGUGUGGGUGGCAACCUUUGGUGUCCUCUCAGCUGGUAUGGCAGUGCUGUCCAGUUUUGGGUUGUUGCUGUACUGUGGGAUGCCCUUCGCCAUGACUGUGGCAACAGCUCCAUUCCUGAUUCUGGGAAUUGGUGUUGACGACAUGUUCAUCAUGAUUUCCUGCUGGCAGCAGACUCAAGUUCAUGACAACGUAGAGGACCGUAUGGCAGCUACAUACAAAGACGCAGCUGUCUCUAUCACCAUCACAACACUAACUGAUGCCCUGGCCUUCUAUAUUGGUCUGUUAACUCCAUUUGGUUCUGUACAAUCAUUUUGUAUGUAUACUGGCACAGCUGUCCUGUUCUGUUACUUGUACAAUAUUACCUUCUUUGGUGCAUUUCUGGCAUUGAAUGGGAGUCGUGAAAAGGGCAACAGACACUGGCUGACAUGCAUGAAGGUUCCAGAACCAGAGGAGAACUCUAAAAAGUACAACCUCUGCUGUGUAGGGGGAGCUUAUGAUCAUCAAACGGGAAAAGAGGAGCCAAUGCCCAUUAACAAUUUCUUUAAGAUGUACUAUGGGCCAUUUCUAACAAAUACUUGGACCAAGGUGUUUGUGAUCCUGCUCUAUGCUGGAUAUUUGGGCUCAAGUAUCUAUGGRUGCUUCCAAAUCCAAGAAGGCAUAGACCUUAAAAACCUAGCAGCUGAUAGCUCAUAUGUGGGUAGCUAUUACGAUAAUGAGGACCAAUACUUUUCAGAGUAUGGUCCAAAUGUUAUGGUUGUUGUGACUGACAGUAAGUUUCAAUAUUGGAACAAAACUGCUCGAAAGCGUCUUGAUACUUGUCUUGAACGCUUUGAGAGUCUAACGUUGGAUGGUCGAUCAUUGGUUGCUAAGGAUAUGACUCUUUCUUGGCUUAAUGAAUAUGUGAAAUUUUCAAAUCCAAAUAACGAAACCAUUUUCAUGGAUAGUUUACCUGCGUUUUUACAACGAUCAGAUUUCACACAAGAUGUGAAUAUUUCAAACAAAGUCAUAAUUGCCUCGCGUAUGUUUAUUCAGACAAUCAACAUCAGUACAGCCGUUGAUGAAAAGAACAUGUUGAAUAAGCUUCGAGAGACAGCUAAUGGUUGUUCAGAAAAGUUGGUUGUUUACCACCCUGCUUUCAUAUACUUUGACCAGUAUGCAGUCAUUGUUAGUAAUACCAUCCAAAACAUUGUAGUUGCCACUCUUGCCAUGCUGGUGAUCUCCCUUAUGUUGAUCCCCAACCCCAUAUGUUCUCUGUGGGUGACCUUUGCCAUUGCCUCUGUCAUAGUGGGUGUUGCUGGUUUCAUGGCAUUAUGGGAUGUCAAUCUAGACUCUGUAUCCAUGAUCAAUCUUGUCAUCUGCAUUGGUUUCUCAGUGGAUUUUUCUGCUCACAUUUCCUAUGCUUUUGUCUCUAGCAAAGAGGUCACCGCUAAUAAGAAGGCUGUAGAUGCUGUCUAUCACUUGGGGUAUCCCAUCAUACAGGGAGCUGUGUCUACUAUUUUAGGAGUGGUGGUGCUGUCUGCUGCUGAGAGCUACAUCUUCAGAACCUUCUUUAAGAUCAUGUUCUUGGUCAUUUUGUUUGGGGCGGUCCAUGGUAUAGUGUUUAUCCCAGUGUUUCUGACCUUCUUUGGAAUCUGCGGAGGCAAAGUCAGUGAUAAAAAAGAUGAUGGUAGGUCUAACACCUUGUCUCAAAGUGGUCAGAUGUGUGUCACCCAAACCACAGGUGAAUUCAACAUGAAGAAUAUGCGUGAAUUAAGGGCUGUAGCAGCUAAUUCAAAUGUAAGGUCAAUCAGUUCUAACCAAAGCUCACAUUAUUAUUCACAUAGUGUCAACGGGAAAACUAAUAGUGCUUACGAAAACAUUGAAGACUGCCCCUAAAACUGUUGUCUUGAGGCCAGAUUUACAAGGCAUUUCCACUGUACCUGUUUUUUUGUUUGUAUGGAAUUAAUUCAAUAUUAAAGGUAGAACAAAUGGGUUAAAAACUGUACAAAUAAGGUUUACAAGAGGGAAUAACCUAUUAUGGUCAAGUGUAAAUGAACACACAUUCAUGUUUUACCUUUGUUUUAUUUCAUUCAGCUCUAUGCUGAUGGGGCCAGUACAGGAGUUCAAAUCAAAUGUUAAUUGUCACAUCCGCCUUAUCACUGAUUCUGUCAUUCAUUUUGUUUCAUGUAGAAGUACUGUAACAUAAAAUGAAAUGUUAAUUUGUUCAUUUUGUGAAAUUUCUUUUUUAUUUAGUUUGACUCUAAUUGUGAAAUCGUAUAAAGAUGUUUCUGUUGUGUUUUUAAUAAAGAAAUGAAGGAA